CGUUAGAAUUUUAUAUUCAUACAUAACUUAGCCCCGAAGGGCGAUGACCAUUGACCCUAAACCCUACCUUUUUGUAUUAUUUAACCAUCCCCACACCCACCAUGAUUCUUCAUCUCUCAGCAUAGCUUAACUGUGAAACCCAUCAUCACAAAUCUUCUUCAUCUUUAGCUUCAGUGGACAUUAAUGGAGUACAGUGGUAAUCCCUUGUACAGAUGCAGAAACUGCAAAAAUCCACUUGCUCUUAUCGACGAUCUUCUUUCUAAAAACUUCAUAGCGAAAUCAGGGAAAGCAUAUAUGUUCGAACAUGCAAUGAACAUCGUGUUGGGUCCCAAAUACGACAAGCAGUUGAUAACUGGUCGGUUCAGCAUUGCUGAUGUAUUCUGCAGUAAGUGUGGUGAAGAACUGGGUUGGAAAUAUGUUCAGUCUUAUGAUUUGAAGAACAGGUACAAGGAAGGCAAGUUUAUUCUCGAAGAACUUAAGAUGUUCCAAGAAUAUUAAUUAAUAAAUAAUAAAAUAUAUAGUUUGAAUAAUGUUAUAGGUAUAUAGUUGGAUAAAUUAAUAAACUAUAUAAUAAUGAAGUUUGUAUGAUUUCAGAUUUUAAUUUAUAUAUACAAAUCUAUGUUUUAAUUGAAA